AUGCCGAAAAGCAAUUCUCAAUCGCCGAAGACGGCCGGCAAGUACCGUCGAGCUGACAUGACACCACUAAAUGGUGCCCGAAAUAAGGGCCUUAAACAUCCUGCGGGCAAAAAGGCUGCCACAUUGAAUGCCCUCAACACAAACAGAAAGCGCAAACCGUCGCUUUCUUCGAUAUCUACAAUAUCAUCACUAUCUGGGUUCGAAGAGAGCGACCAAGAUGAAGCAGACUCGGAAGCGAGCUCAGAUGAUGAUGAUGAGUCUGCUCAUCGUACCCCGUCUUACGGAGGCAAGAGCCACAGGGGCCGUAAGGCGGGGUCAACACUCUCAUCGUCCCCCCUGUCCAUCAAAAAGAGGAAGCUGUCCUACGAUGAAGGCUACGAUGGCCAGCAGAGCAGUGUCGGUGACUCGGACAGCGACUAUGCCGCUGUUGAUGAAAUCUCAGAUGAUGACGAAGAAGUGGAUGUCGAAAGGCUAGAGGAGAAAAUGAUACGCGAGUCUGAGGAUGAGAACAAAUCUCUCACUACCUCCGACGCUCUUGAUCCCAGUCAAUGGCAUGGUCUCGGUAGCUUUGAUGACCACAUCCUUUUCUCUGCCGAGCCCUUCCUCGAGGAUCAGCUGUACAGUGCUAUGGAGACCUUUGGCGAUACUGACCUGACCAGCGAAGCCGUCGAAACUCCAGUGCAAAGACACGUACAUUUUAUUGUGGAAGAGGAUUCCGACUCUUCCAGUGACAGCCCGGAUGGCAGCACUGACGAUGAAAUUCCAAGUGAUUUCUUGCAGCAAGACAGCCUGGAUCCUACUCUUCGUCGUAUGAUUGACAACGACAAUGAUGGUAGUAACAACCAGCGUUACAAUGACAUUUUCGGAGAGUCGGAUUUCAAACACCCGGCUAACAUCUAUCAUGUCGAGUCGGACGCCGUCUCAGAAGACGGCUCCAGUGGCUAUGAGACCGACGACGGUGAAACCACAGAUGAAGAUCUUCCCCCACCAGCUACCAUUACCCAUCCUCGGUCUAUUCUACGAAGAGAUUCAACUACUUCUCUCACCGCAACUGGAGACUCUAUAAGCCAACCCCCCAACCCUCCCCGUCGUCGUGGACCAAUUAUGGGCACAUUUAUUGCUGAUCCAAAGAAGCCAGUCGCCCUUGUCGACUGCACUGGAAAACACCUCGUAAUCAUUCCGGCAUAUGCCUCUUCUCGUCACGACUGGUUGGAUUCUGCAACCAACAGCAUGUGUGGUACUGCCCACAAUAGCCCGCGGGCUACCACAAUGCAUUUAGUUGAGGAAAGUGACACUGAUGCGCUGACUUCACCGAACGGGCUAGAAUUGAACCCUAUGUUGAACUCGGGCAACCUGAUGAUGACAGCCUUGGGAAAUGACGCCACUCCUGGUGGCCAAGUUAUGGGACCACCUGAAGCAUUCUAUGCUACUCAAACAUUCGGUGGUGAUAGCUCGUAUGAGGACGAAGACGACGAGGAUGAUGAGGCUAUGCUGAAUGUUGAUGACUUUAUCGAUUUUGGCAAUGGAUCCUCGGACGAAGAGGAAGAAAUCAAUAAGAACUCGGAUGAUGAAGUUGUCGCCACAUCCCCUAUGGUGGCUUCCUCGGUUCAAGAUAUGACCACGCCAACACCAAACAGGGACAAUAAAUCUAACAGUGCCGAACAAUUCCUCAAUCAUCUCGAUAAAGGCAUUGUGACCGCCUUUCGUCGUAACAACACUCGCUACCAAACUCUAAUCCGCCUCCCUCAGCAUCGUGAAUUCAUGCCUGCUAACUCACCAUCCCGAGUUGCCAGCGUUUUCCGACACUCGAAAUAUGCUGAUCCCCGCACUCCACCUCGGAAACGCAAGGCGAGUAACUACGCUGGUGGUGAAGCAGUGCGUCGUAAACUACUAGAUGGUCAUCGUCGCAAUCAGCUUUCUUUCUAA